GACACUGCAAAAUUGAUCAAGGGAUCUCGGGCUGUUGAAGCGUGAUAGGGCACUGCAAAAGAGAUAUAACGCAUGGUCUCCGGGAAUUGUAAAAGAGUAUGGCUCAAUGGGUGUGUGUCGUAGAGUAAGAACACGUGGAGAACGCUCAACGGCCUCAAGUAAACUACCUUAUCAACCACCGUCUCCAAUGGGGCAAGCCAGAUACCCUUCCGCUCUUACCCUCAGCACUGAUAGUGGUACCAGGCCGAAGGAAGUGUCUAUCUCACACUGUAAAUCCGACCAGCCACUCCCACCGCUCCCCCCAGACGCACCUGAAUACUUCAGAGCCGAUAUCCCUGUCGACUCAGAGCUGAUCAGUAUUAUUCAGAACGACUGGCCUUACUCCGUCCCCAUCGAAAUCGAACACACUCUUAUCUGGUCGCGAGUUCCUAUCUUUCACCCGGCUUUUAUUCCUGCAGAAAUCGCCUGCGUUGACCGAGUGGGGAAUCACAGUGGAGAAUCUCGUCCGCAGCCCAAAGGGCACUCCAGAGAUUGAAGGAGAUGGUGAGGAAUGCUGGAAGGGAAAUAGACGGUUGUGUGAAUCGGAGAUGGGCAGAGAGUGAGUGGGAAACUGCGUGGUUUGUCAAUCCCCCAGUGAGUGAACGAGCCUACGGUGAUGCUUCAUUAGAUGCUGAG